GUCCACUGGCUCUUUAAGGCGCGCAGCCGAUAUUUACUACACGAUAACGCGCAACGUAACAUAACAUAAAACAAGAUUCAGUGGGGUGAAACAUUGCGUCACAGAUAGACUGCAUAUUCAGAACAAUUUUUGACAGUAAAUAUGUAGUUUACUGACACAGGACGCAUUCUAGACUUUACUAUCCGUUAUUAUAAUCUUAGCGUAGCUUAAUACGCAAAGGGGAUUCCAGCAGAUGCUAACGGCCAUCAGCUCCAGCAACAGAGACUAAUCAAAGAUGUGUAAAUAAAAGUGAUGCUCCUUCGCAGCGUAUGACCAGAGAUACUUUCGGGCGGUACGAGACUGGUGGGAAUCGACAGUCAAGAUGAUGAAGAAAAAGAAGUUUAAGUUCAGAGUGGAUUUUGAGCUGGACGAGCUGUCGUCGGUUCCGUUUGUCAACGGGGUUCUGUUCUGUAAAGUCCGCCUGCUCGACGGCGGAUUCUCCGAGGAGUCAUCGAGGGAGACGGUUCAGGCAAACUGUGUACACUGGAGAAAGAGAUUCUCCUUCCCCUGUAAAAUGAGCGCUAAUGCUGGAACUGGAAUCCUUGACCCCUGUGUGUGUCGAGUUUCAGUCAGAAAGGAACUGAAAGGUGGAAAGACUUAUGCAAAGCUGGGGUUUGCUGAUCUCAACCUGGCAGAGUUUGCGGGGUCAGGUAGCACCACACGCAGGUGUCUGCUGGAAGGUUAUGACACCAAGAACACUAGGCAAGACAACUCCAUCCUUAAGGUGAUUAUUAGCACACAGUUAAUGUCUGGGGACCCUUGUUUCAAAACGCCUCCAUCCACUGCCACAGUAAUAGGCAUUCAGGGUGAUUCUGAGAGUCUGCUGGAAGAGAGGAAAGGAGGAGACACACAGAAACCUUUUCUGAGCCUCUCAGAGACAUCAGGGAAGUGUGGCUCUCUGCCUGAUGAACUGGGGAUGUGUGGACACUCUCGAACAUCCAGUUACGCUAGUCAGCAGUCCAAAGUGUCAGGCUAUAGUACGAGUCAUUCACGUUCCUCCAGUCUGUCGGAGUUCUCUCACAGGAGAAACACUUCGGUGGGCAGUGCUUCUACUGGCAUUGCCAGCAUCCCUGAGCCUAGUGAGGAGAGAGACCAAACUACAGCACCCCCUACAGCCACGGGAGUCUGCGCUGCUGUGUUUGAACACCCAUCAACCCCUGACAGAGCAGCCAGCAGGUAUCCAGUGAAGCAGGACUCAAUGGAGUCUCAGCUAAAGAGGGUGGAUGCCACACGUGUGGAUGCUGAUGACGUAGUGGAGAAGAUCCUACAGAGCCAGGAUUUCACCCACAGUCUGCUGGACUCAAGCGCUGAAGAGGAAGGCCUGCGCUUGUUUGUUGGUCCUGGUGGAAGCACAGCACUUGGUAGCCACCACCUUCCUGCCAGGGUUGGAGCUGGUGCCUAUGAACAGGUGGUGAUCAAACGCUAGGGUUGGGAGCUGCCAGAUGGAAAAGUGUCAAAAACCAAAGUCUGUUUCGUGGGAGGAGAGAGAGAGAGGGAAGGAAGGAGGGACGAAGAGAUGAAAAGACAAGACUUUUCGUCUCCUCUCAUAUCAUGAGCAGUUGUCACGAACCUAUUUCAACCUUUCGAUGAAACGGUGCCCUCUGCUGGCUACAUAUAAAUCUGACAGCUUCUCUGUAUGAGACUGCCAUUAUUGCUGUCUGUGUUUCACUGUGAGGUGCAUCUGCAUUGCAAACAGUAACAGUAUUUUUUUUUACCUAAUUACCUUUCCUAGUGCUGUUUUGUGAUAAGAUCUCUGUAUUUUAUAUUUGUGAGCCAUUGUAAGGCAUCUGUCUGUAGUAUUUGAUGGAGUAUACAUUUUCGCACCACUGUGUACGUGUGAGGUGUAUACUCUGUCUGCAGAUGAAGGUGACCUCUUUAUGCUGGUAUACACUCCUUUAGCCAAUAUUCUGUCAUCGCUUUACUAUACGAAUGGAAAUCAAACUGUCCUAACCCAUUCAGCGCUAUGCUAAUAACUGUCAGCAAUUUGUCUGACUGUGUGUGCGUUUGAGAAGUCGUGAUACGUUUGACAGAUGGAGCCGUUUUCAGACUUGAAAAAAUUGUCCAUUUGAAAAGCACUUUGAAUUGAAGGACUCUUUACAUGGGAG